AGAUAAAACGAGGGAUAAACUAAGUCCAGGAUUUUAGUGUCAUUGUUUUGAUCCCUUUUUCCCCUUCAAUAGAAAUCCCACAACUCAGAGAAAGAGAAGAAUAGAGAAAAUCUUUGUUAUAUAAAUAUUCCAAUCUUCACAAUCUCUUCUACUACCUGAAGCCAAAAAUUCCCUCAAAGCUUAACCACUGAAUUGCCACCAUGAAUGAUUGGUCUUCUACACAUUAUUGCAGUGGAAGCGAAUCAGGUUGGACUAUGUACUUAGAUCAAUCCUAUACUUCAGACCAUCAUUUCUGCGGCAGCGGCGGCGAUGGCGGGGUUGGUGAAAAUUAUAAGGCAAAAGAAGCAAAAGCAAGAACGGAGCAGGAGGAUGAAGAAGAAGAUCUAUCAAUGGUGUCUGAUGCUUCCUCAGGUCCACCACAUUACAUUGAGGACAAUGAAGAAUUGUUUUACACUAAUGGGUAUUCUUCCUAUGCCUUUUCAGCUUCAGAAUCAGCAAUAAAUUGUAAUAAGGAGGAGAUAAAGAAGGGGAAGAAAGGCAAACAAAAUGGGAGAAAUCAGCAACAUUCUUACCUUGACGACACUGCUAGCUCCCCUGUAUACGGCUACAGCAAACCAAGCAAAAUCAAUGUAGCAAUAAGCAACAAAGCUUUGGAGGAGAAUCCAGUAGAUUUUUCUCAGGGAUUCUCCGCAACCCACUUUAAGAGAAAAUCUGCAUUGAGGAAACAUCUUGGUUUUUAUCGCUCCGAAAAAUCAGCACCGGAAGAAUGAGGCUAUUAGUGAUUCCGCCGCAGCUUCCAACCCUUUUUUUUGGGCCGUCAAGUAAAUGAUAACGACAUGUUAUUAUAUAUAUAUCAGAGGGAUAUUGUUCCUUUUGUUAUUAUUCUUAUUCUCAAUUUAAUUUUCACCCAGUGUUUUAGGC